GGAUGGAUGUGUGUGUGUGUAAAAGGGACGCAGGCUAAUCUCUCCCGUCCCGUCCACCUCUCUGUCCCCGGGAAACACUCAUGACAGGGCGGAAUUAACCCCGGAGGACACCCGGUGAUCCCCGCAGUCCUGAUUGCAGAUAGCGGCUGCCCUUGCUCCGUCCCUCCCCCCCACUGUGGGCUGGUUGCCAUGGAGAGCUCAUCGGUGGCAUCGGCGUCGUCAGAGGCAGGAAGCACGCGCUCGCAGGAGAUCGAGGAGUUGGAACGAUUCAUCGACAGUUACGUGCUGGAGUAUCAGGUGCAGGGGUUACUGAGCGACAAAAACGAAACCGACCAGGAUGUGGAUAAAACCCCGUCCCACACCUCACAGUGGACAGAAGGCUGCAGUGAUAAGAUUGAUGGGAGCUGGACGUCCUCUCGGGGAAGGGGCUCGUCCAAACCAGACGAGUGGGAGCACAGCAGUAAUGGCAGCACAGGUUCUAGACCCAGUUCAGGUUCCAGAUCAGGCAGCAGAGGACGAAACAACCAGUUCAGAGCGCCGGCUAAAAAUGGAAACCGAGACGGUUCUUUCGACAUCCUGGGGACGGACAUUUGGGCUGCAAACUUGGACUGCCACGGUGGUGCCACAUGGGACAUGCAGCCAGAAAAACUGGAUUUCUCUCAGUUUCACAGGAGGGCUUAUCGAGGGACCCCGAAACACCUCCCGCACAUCGACCGAGAGGGGAUGAUGAAGGGCAAAUUCGCUGAUGAUGAUGGUAUUGAUCUGGACCACAUGGACAAAUUCCUGCCCACCCUGCCGGUCUUUCCUCCCCUGCCUAAUGAAGCGGAGAUCGCACACACUAAAAAGCUGUUUCGCCGACGUAGAAAUGAUCGCCGACGACAACAGCGUCUGCCUGGCGCAGGAGGAGCUGGCGGGAAAUCCCAGAAUCCGCAGCAGCUACAGCCGACCAAUCAGAUGCAACAGACCAUUACAGAGUACCAGACAGGUGUCGGGACUAAGCACGGAGGGCGGGUUUACCAGGGGCAGCAGAACCAGGGUGGGCGACAGGGUGGCCCGCAUCAUGGCUACAGUCAGAACCGCCUCUGGCAUCAACAGCCGAAACACCAGACGAGCAGUUUAACUCAAGGGCCUGCACCGAAUACCAAAGAGACAGAGAAUGUAAAGCAGGAGGAGCCUGAGCCACAGGAGAGAAGAGUGAAGGAUGAACCAGUUAAAGAGGAGAGAAAGAAAGAAGAGAAGGUGGAGAAGACGGAGGGAGGGAAGAUUUGCUUACUGCAGUCAUCAAAAGAAAGACUGAGGAGGAGACUCAAAGAGAAGGAGGAUGUUCCCGUGGCGACGGCCGGACCUCAGCGGAACCGAAUGGACAGAUUAUUAGAGAUCUUGAACAGCAUGAGGAAUAACAGCAGCGGUGUGGAGGCGCAACUCACCACCUUCAUGGAGGAGGCGCAGAACUCGGCAGACUCCGAGGAGACGCUGAACCAGAUCGUACACACCAUUUAUCAUAAAGCGGUCAGCGACCGAAGCUUUGCGGCCACCGCUGCCAAACUCUGUGACAAGAUGGCGCUGUUUAUGGUGGAAGGCACCAAAUUUCGCUCUCUUCUACUCAACAUGUUACAGAGGGAUUUCACGCGUCGUGAUGAGCUGCAGCAGACAGAUGUGGAGUGCUGGUUGGGUUUCAUCACGUUUCUCUGUGAGGUCUUCGGCACCAUGAGGAGCAGCGCUGGAGAGCCCUUCAGAGUGCUGGUGUGCCCCAUAUACUCCUGCUUAAGAGAGCUGCUGGAGUCACCUGAGGUUAAGGAGGAUGCUGUUCUCUGCUGUUCUAUGGAGCUCCAGAGUACCGGGCGUCUGUUGGAGGAGCAGCUUCCCGAGAUGAUGACGGAACUUCUGGCCGCCGUUCGGGAUAAGAUGUUGUGUCCGUCAGAGUCCCAGCUGACCCGUUCGCUGCUGAUGGAGGUUAUCGAACUCCACGCGCACCACUGGAGCCCCCUCGAGGCGCUGACCACCGCGUACUACAACAGAACCAUCCAGAAACUGACCGCAUGACGCAUGCGCAACGCAAAAAAACCACUGGAGGCCCUGACCACUGCGUACGACAAUACAACCAUCCCAAAACUCUUCAAGAGACACAAUAAAACACCACUAAAGGCCAUAAAUUGUACUGCAACACAACCAUCCUGUAAAAUCACAACACACAUGCACAUACAAACACACAGCUAUGCUAUCAUAAGAUGAGAGAACCAUGGAGUGUGAGUGGAUGGAUGAGAAGGGUAUUAUGGGAUGGGGGGUGACCAUGGGGUCAAUGGUCACAGGGUAAAAUAUGCAGAUUGAGAUGAAUAUGUAGAUGUUUUCACUUCUACUUGCAUAUUCAUGAACUAACCCAGACAUACAGAUGCAAAACCAGACAGUCAUUACACACAAACGCCAGUGUGCAGACAGUCACUGUGUGUCAUAUUAAGGUGCGUCUGUAUUCCAGACAAAACGUCAACAAAUAGAGAAAUUCAAAGAGAAUGAUCUUGGUUACGGGUGCAUCUCACGAAAACAUGUCUGGGUCAUUUUUCAACACAGAAACUAAAGAAAAUGAUCACAUUUAUUUAUUUUGCAUAUAAAAUAAGAAGGCUUUUCAUUGUGACAUUAUUUUCAUGACAAUUAAGUCAAUGUUUUUGCCCCAGAUUCUCCUUACUGUAAUACAUCCAGACAUUUUUGUCAUCUUUAUUAUCAUCAGUGGCAAUUCUCGUUAUAUUAUCAUUGUUAGAAAAUAACUUUUUAGGCUUAAAAAAAAAUACUUCAAAGGAAUAUUUUAAUUGUAUUAAUUAGCAUGAGUACAAUACAUAUAUACAUAUAUAUAUAUAUACAUACACGUA